UGUCUUUAUUUUUUCCAAAAGCAGUUCGAUCCUUCCAAUUUGUACUCCAAACAUUUCAAUUUGCAUGCUUAGAAAACCCCCAAACAUACACACACAAAAUCCACACACUUCAACCACAAGCUCUUAUCUGUCAUGUCCCCUCCUGCAUGUUUUUCUUUUCUCUACUAUCAGUAUCUUUCUUGAUCUCUCUUUCUCUCUUUGUUUGUCGUGCAGAAAUGGGUUUUGUUUUUUCCUUUCUAUUCUAACAAGGUUUCUCUGAUUCUGCUUGUUUAAAACUAGCGGAGGAACUAUUUACUUCUUCUGGGGUUUGAUUGAUUCAAUUGGGUCUGUCUCAAUCUCUAUGCUGUGAUGGGUCCCACAAAAGGAUUGAACAAGAGGAAGAAGAUAGAGAUCAGGAACGCUGAAGCAAACGCAAACGCUUCUGGGUUUUCUCAGGAUGGGGCUGGAGAUUGGUGGGAUACUUGUUACAAGAAUAAUCCUGGUCUGUUGUCUCCAUCAAAGGGUAUGGAUGAUUUCGAAUCAGUUUUCAAGAUAUCGAGGAAAGCAUUCGACUACAUAUGUACACUCGUUCACGAUCAAAUGACAUUCAAGUCUGCACAUUUCGUAUUCUCCAAUGGGAUGCCAAUGUGCAUUAACGAUCUAGUAGCCGUAGCUUUAAGAAGAUUAAGCUCCGGAGAUUCAUUGAUCGCGGUUGCAGAUUCAUUCGGGACUAACCACUCAACAGUCUCUCAGGUUACCUGGCGUUUUGUGGAGGCCAUCGAGGAAAAAGGGCUUCACCACCUCCAAUGGCCAUCUACUCAACAGGAAAUCGACGAUAUAAAGUCGAAGUUUGAGAAAAUCCAAGGUCUACCAAAUUGUUGUGGGGCCAUCGACACUACACACAUUGUCAUGGUACUGUCUUCCUCUGAAUCACGAACCGAUGUAUGGCUCGAUCGCGAGAAGAAUCAUAGCAUGAUCCUGCAGGCAAUUGUGGGUCCUGACAUGAAAUUUUUGGACAUCGUAACUGGUUGGCCAGGAAAAAUGGACGACAUCUCGGUUCUACGAAGUUCGACUUUCUCCAAGUUGUGUGAGAACGGGGUGAGGCUAAACGGUAUGAAAAUGGAGCUGUCGGAAGGAACCGAAUUGGGAGAGUACGUCGUGGGACACUCCGGUUACCCUACGCUACCGUGGCUCUUGACGCCUUUUCGGGGGAAGAAUCUUCUAGAAGCUGAAGUUGAGUUCAAUAGACGUCAUCUCGCCACUAGGAUGGUGGCACAAAGGGCGUUGGCCGGAUUGAAGGAGAAGUGGAGGAUAAUAAAAGGAAUGAUGUGGCGUCCCGAUAAGAAUAAACUGCCAAGGAUCAUUCUCGUUUGUUGCAUUCUUCAUAAUAUUGCAAUCGAAAUGGGAGACGAGACAAUGGACGAGAUUGACCACGACAAUGGCUAUAAACAGGAGAGUUGUGACGAUUCGGAGGAUUCGGCUUUACCUGUGAGAGAAAAGUUGGCCCUCUAUUUGUCUGGAAGACAAUAAAUGUAAAUCUUUGUUUUGUUUUGUUUUCUGAAAAAUUUAUUCUAUUAUGUGGAAGAAGCUAGAGUGUUCUUAAUAGGAAUAACCUGAAAGAAAUAAAUAGUAAAUUGGGCUCUUCUGACUCACAUAAAAGACAUAAAAUGUCUCAUUUCAUUUACACGAUUAGCACACCAACAUAUGUCUGUUUAAAAUUGAACUACUUUUUGCUUC